UUCUUGCCUUACUUAUAUAUUCGACACUCCUCAGUCAGAUCCGUGUUCUCAGCCGGGCAUUCUUGUGGUCUCGCAGCUUGUCCAUGUAGUUCGUUGCGCUCUGCUACCUCCCAUCACUGCUGGGGCUCUUCUGCAACCCCUCACCGGCCCGCCUGAUAACCAGCAGAUCAAUAUGACAACGUCUAAAGCUUCUACACAGGCCCAGGUGUUUCCUGGGAAGGGCUUGGGCUUUAUAAGCAUGUCUAUUCGUUGCUUUUGUUUAUUCUACCAGAGUAUGACUGACUGUGAAUAGCACUCGGUGCUUCACUGCAUAAUGUCCUCACUCGCAUUAAAUCGCAUCCCCAAGCCUACCCCGCGAUAGAUAUCGCAUACUCCCCGACGGAGCCUUUGCAGAGCCAGGUGAUCUUGCAGCUGCCGUCGAAUGGUAUCCGUCUUCGAUUUGACGGCCCCGAUCAGAGGCUACGAUUAAUCGAAGUUUUGGAUUUUUCCAAAACUGCUCUUGUAUACAAGAACCAGGAAGUGAUGAAGUCAAAGCCCCAUGAGCACACUACACAGCCAGGCCCUACCUUCCGCCAAGUCUACAACCGGCUGUUUGGUCCAUCAUAUCCAGGAGAAUACAUACCUCCUGCUUCCCACUCUCCAUAUGGGACAUAUGUGUUGUCGUACCCUGGCAUCGCCUUUUCGUUCCCGUUACAGGAUACUGCUUGGACUGAUCAAUGUGACUUUGUAGCACUUUUAUCCUCCUCUGCAGCCUUACCGGCCACGAGCAUGGCAAUCUUUCACGGUAGUUCAUGGCCAGAAGCCCGGCAUAAACUCUUCACACAACAGCCGCAGUAUCCGCGCUCCCCAGCACUUAUCGGGAAGAACAGGGAAUCUGUUCCCGACGAGGUUGAGGAAUUCAGAAUAUUCGGUGGUGGUAAGAUGGAAGUUAUUCGAAGAUCAUCAUCCCCCUCGCGUAUUAUUCUUUCCGAAACAACACCACAGGAUCUGGUUGCAGAUUUCGGGCCACCUGAUGCUAUCUACCGGAAGAAUGACCGGAGGAUAUCAAUACACCGCGUGAUGGGUGAUAUAACAGAUCCUCUUCACAUAGGCACGCCUCCUGGUAGAGGAAUUGAUAUUCCCGAAACCGACCACUCGUCAAGUAACAGCGUUACUGAUGACUCGGACGACGAGGCUCUACAAGCCAAUGCAUUAGAUUCUUCGUCACUCCCAACAGAGUGCUUUUUUAAUUAUUUUCAUCACGGCUUCGAUGCAUUCAUCUCGUACCCGACCACACCAGGUCCUGCUUUUCCCAAGUCGGGAAUGUCUAGUCCGCGGAGUCCCCCUCUGUCAUCCCAGCUGACCGUGACAAAGAUUAUUUUGCAUGGGAAUGUACCAGGGUCCUAUCCGUUUAACCGCCAUCGGCGUAGCCGUUGGACGAUCCAAUUCAGCCCCUCUGGCAGUCUCCUGUCGUCGGAAACACCUUAUCAGGAAAUAUCAGCGAAGCUUCAAGAGAUAUGGAAAGGAUCGUAUGCUAACGCUGCAGAGGAACGAUCCUCGCAACGACCGAUGGUGUUGAACCGGGGCUGGGGUGAGAGUCCAGAAAGCAGCGUGGAGUUCCUCGGGGGCUGGGAAGAAAGCGCAGGUGGCAGACAGAGAACUGGAACUGAUGAUCACGAUGCAAGCCAGGGAUUGGGUAAUACGGAGUUAUUUGGGUUUCCUGGGCUUCUAUUUGAAGUGAUGAAGAAUGGCGCCGUCAGCUGCUUAACGGUAUAUUGAACAAGGCAUGGGACAAAGUGGAGUUUGGGCUGCCGAAUUUUACAACUAUCCAUUUUGUGUAUUCUAUUUAGAUAUCUAAGACAGAUUCAUAUUUUAUGCUGGUAUUUACGAC